AAAUCCACCACCUCAAUGGCAGCUUCCACCAUGGCUCUCUCCUCCCCGUCCCUUGCCGGGCAGGCCGUGAGGCUAUCCCCCUCCACUCCCGAGCUCCUCGGCAACGGGAGAGUCUCCAUGAGGAAAUCAGUCAAGUCCGUCUCCUCCGGGAGCCCGUGGUACGGCCCGGACCGUGUCAAGUACCUGGGCCCGUUCUCCGGCGAGCCCCCUAGCUACCUCACCGGCCAGUUCCCCGGCGACUACGGCUGGGACACCGCCGGGCUCUCGGCCGACCCCGAGACCUUCGCCAAGAACCGCGAGCUCGAGGUCAUCCACGCCAGGUGGGCCAUGCUCGGCGCCCUCGGCUGCGUCUUCCCCGAGCUCCUGGCCCGCAAUGGCGUCAAGUUCGGCGAGGCCGUGUGGUUCAAGGCCGGUGCCCAAAUCUUCAGUGAGGGUGGGCUUGACUACUUGGGGAACCCUAACCUGAUCCACGCCCAGAGCAUCCUAGCCAUCUGGGCCUGCCAGGUCAUCUUGAUGGGAGCCGUCGAGGGCUACCGUAUUGCCGGCGGCCCGCUCGGUGAGGUCACCGACCCGCUCUACCCCGGCGGGAGCUUCGACCCGUUGGGCCUGGCCGACGACCCCGAGGCCUUCGCUGAGCUCAAGGUGAAGGAGAUCAAGAACGGCAGGCUCGCCAUGUUCUCCAUGUUUGGGUUCUACGUGCAGGCCAUUGUGACGGGAAAGGGUCCAUUGGAGAACUUGGCUGACCAUCUUGCCGACCCAGUCAACAACAAUGCUUGGGCUUAUGCCACCAACUUCGUCCCUGGAAAGUCCCAACACAACCAUCACCGCUCCAUCUCAACUCUCUCUUUCAAACACUUAAGACACACACAUCAAGCUCCCAAAUCCACCCCGUCAAUGGCAGCUUCCACCAUGGCUCUCUCCUCCCCGUCCCUCGCCGGACAGGCGGUGAGGCUAUCCCCCUCCACUCCCGAGCUCCUUGGCAACGGGAGAGUCUCCAUGAGGAAAUCGGUCAAGUCCGUCUCCUCCGGGAGCCCGUGGUACGGCCCGGACCGCGUCAAGUACCUGGGCCCGUUCUCCGGCGAGCCCCCUAGCUACCUCACCGGCCAGUUCCCCGGCGACUAUGGCUGGGACACCGCCGGGCUGUCGGCCGACCCCGAGACCUUCGCCAAGAACCGCGAGCUCGAGGUCAUCCACGCCAGGUGGGCCAUGCUCGGCACCCUCGGCUGCGUCUUCCCCGAGCUCCUGGCCCGCAAUGGCGUCAAGUUCGGCGAGGCCGUGUGGUUCAAGGCCGGUGCCCAAAUCUUCAGCGAGGGUGGGCUCGACUACCUAGGGAACCCCAGCCUGAUCCACGCCCAAAGCAUCCUAGCCAUCUGGGCCUGCCAAGUCAUAUUGAUGGGAGCCGUCGAGGGCUACCGUAUUGCCGGUGGCCCGCUCGGUGAGGUCACCGACCCGCUCUACCCUGGCGGGAGCUUUGACCCACUGGGCCUGGCCGACGACCCCGAGGCCUUCGCUGAGCUCAAGGUGAAGGAGAUCAAGAACGGCAGGCUCGCCAUGUUCUCCAUGUUUGGGUUCUACUUGCAGGCCAUUGUGACGGGAAAGGGUCCAUUGGAGAACUUGGCUGACCACCUUGCCGACCCAGUCAACAACAAUGCUUGGGCCUAUGCCACCAACUUCGUCCCUGGAAAGUGAUUGCGAGAGUCUUGAUGAGGCCUUGU